GCCUUCUGGUUCGCGGUCGUGGCGGCGAUCGCCGCCGUUGUUUACGUACGCUCGGCGGCUAGUCCCACCGAAGAGCCGAAGAACGGGCCGUUGAAAAUCACGUUCAUCACUGCGGGAGCCGGCGAGUACUGGGACGCGGCGGUCCGAGGCGCGGAAGACGCCGCCGAACAGCAGGGGAUCACGCUCAACGUCGUCAAGCUGAAGAGCCCCGAGAGCGUUGAAGAGCAGAUGCAGGCGCUGUCGGUGGCCAGCAUGUCGAACGCCAACGGCGUGGCGAUCAGCCCGAUCGACCCCGAGCGGGUGACGCCGCUCAUCACCCAGAUCGCCAGCAUCAAGCCGGUGGUGACUUACGACUCCGACGCCUCGAAGUCCGCCCGUCACGGCUAUAUCGGCACGAGCAACUUCAGCGCGGGGCUGGUCGCGGGGACCCUCGUGAAAACGGCGAUUCCCGAGGGGGGCAAGAUCGCGGUCUUCAUGGCCAACGAGACCAAAGAGAACCUGAUCGAACGCCAGGGCGGCCUGCGGACGCGCAUCGCCGAGUCUCCCGAUCCGGCGGAGUCGCCGGUCGAUCCGCGCUACACGAUCGUCGGCUUCUAUCCAGACGGUGGCGACGACGAAGUUUGCAAGGCGAAGCUCGCCGAGGUGCUCGAAGAACACCCGGACCUUGCCUGUGUGGUGACGCUCAAUUCACGGCAAGGGCCCGUGGUGCUCGAUGCUCUUCAAGAACUCAAAAAUAGUGGCCAAGUUAAGAUGAUCGCCUUCGACACAUCGGAUAAAAUACUGCAAGCGAUCGAAGAGGGCCGUGUCUUCGCGGCUGUCGCUCAAGACGCGUACAAGUACGGCUACGAGGCGGUCAAGAUGGUCAGCUACCUCUGCCGCGGUGAAGAAGAGUUUUUGCCGGUCGUUGGCCGGGGCGCCAUCCAUAUCAGCGUAGAACCGAUCCGUCAGGUUGAAAUGCCGGAAUCCCUCGGGCCGGGCCCUUACGCACGCUACGCAUGCUUCUUGUUGGCUGUGGGCCUCGCGGUGCUCGGUGUAUCGGUGAAGGCGGCGGACCCGCGGCUGGGCCGACUCGUGAACCUGCGGACUGACCGUUUCCCUUUCACGCCGCCAACGUCGGUUGAAGAGUGGAAUCAGCGAUCCGCAGAGGUGCGGCGUCAGGUGCUCGUCGCGGCCGGCUUGUGGCCGAUGCCCGAAC